UCAAUGUCAAAAAAUAUUUUCUCGUGUUGCUGCAAAUGUAGAUUUUGUUUUUAUUUAAUUUCUCGACAAUGUCGCGAGAUAAAAGUGUAUGGUUUGCCGAGGAAAUAUUAUUAGAUGCCAAACUUAUUAAUUUUCAACUUGAGACAGGAGAAUGGGACGCCGUAGAAGAAAUGUUGCGAGCUGAAGCGCAACUUUCUAGAGACGCAGAAACUGGUCGAUUGCGGCCGAAGAAAGCUUCUGAAUACACAUUGCGGCUUAUAGCUGAAGUGCUGCAUAUAAUGCGGCUGGAUGUGGAGCAAGCGUCAUACAACCGAAGCACCCUCGCUGUAGCGGAGCAGUGCCUCAGGCUAGUCCGCUCCUGCGCCGCGGCCGGCACCAAGAUGCAAACUUACAUCUCCAAAGAACUCUCCAUCUUAGAUUCCAUGCUCAUCCUCGCAACGGAGUACCAACAUCCCAAUGUUGAAUUCUUGAACGAAGAACUACAGAAAAAGUAUGAAACAUGCAUGACAGUGCUCAUCCAAACACUAGGAAACUUAGUCGUCAACAAUCCCUUCAAUCAAAUUAUGAUCUGGAACAAAUUUGACGCAAUCAUACUCAACUGUUUGGUCGGUCAAAACGAUAAGAUCGCUUCUGCCGCUGCCAUGAUAGUUUACAAUAUUCUUUUAGGACAACCGAAUGUGUUGCCUGAUGAUGUUACAUUGCUUAAUUCUCUAGCCUACAUGUAUAACAAUGGGAACACUGAAUAUCCCCAUCUAAUCAUAGAAUACUUAAUAGGCGUUGAAAAUACUUACAUUGAAAAACUGUUUUCAAAGCUUGAACCUGAAUGUCGUAUGCUGGUAUUGAAUUUGGCGUAUAAUAUCUUGAUGUCAACGGAGUCCCAGGAUAUAAAUGUGUCCGUUAAUUUUGUGAAGUUCAUGGCACACGAGUUUAAGAGUAAAUCGGACUGUAUACUCAAGACUGUUGAUAAGUAUGUGACCGCUAUAGACCCACAAGAAGUUGUGUUUUUGCUGGAGAUCAUAGCUACGGCUUCUAGCAUGGAUGCAUACAUGGACUGCUUGCAAGGAGACACUUCAUUAUUUAUCAACUGUGCAUUCCUGUUACGAGCCAUCCACAAGCUGGGCAAGGAGAGCAGCAACUUCUUCUCGUCCAUCAACAAGCUGUAUGCCGCCACCGGCAAGCAACUGAUCAACGACGAAAACCUUAUUAAUGCUAACAUGCACAAUGAGAUACCUCUCUCCAAAAAUGACUCAGCCGACAACAUGCUGUCUUGCAACGAAACAACUUCCGAAUGUACCGAAUCAGAAAGCAGUGAGCAGUACUUCGAAUGCAAUGACAACGCACCGUACAUGGAGCGUAUGGAAACCAUCAACGUCAUAGACAGUUUGCAACAGCCUUUCAAAUUCGCUGACACAAUCAACAAAAAUGGGAAAAAUGGCAGCGCUGAACGCGAUUCUAACGUCAAAAUCGACAACGACCUUUCCAAAGUAGCUUACAAAAGAAGCAGCUCGGUCCCGAAAGCUGAUGAUCGUUUACAACACUUGCCCACUAGAAGAAUCAGCUUAGAACACAAGAUAGACAUAGGCGAUGAUACGGAACCUCCGUUAAUCAUCGAUUCCAUGUCUCCUAGUGGCAGCAUGAACACGAUCGCCGAAGUCAUCCCUGUAGCCCUACAGCCAAGGUUGGAAUUAACGGGCGCAAGUGGUACCGACUCCCAAGAAAGCUCGCCAAACGAUCCUCCUACCGAAAUCCAUUUGAUAAAAGACGAGCUCAAGUGCGAAGUAAAAGCGUCGCCCAGCGAAAUAUCGCCACCUCUAGCAGACACAUUACCUGAGACAGAGUCACAAAAGCAAUCUCCAGAUACGCCAAAAGAAGUGAAGAAGAGUCAAAACCUGUCUACAGACUUUGACUUGAGUGAGCAACUGCAAAAGAUCUUGGGGAUAUCUUCUGAGAAGACGCGCGGGGACAAAGACGCGGACAAGAAGAAUGAACCUGCGAAAGAGGUGAAGAUUUCCGAUGAGAAUCUCGUGAACAAGGUGCCCUCAGUCAAAAUUGAUUCGCCUGAAGGAAUUAAGACUAGGCUGGGCGCUGUGGACAUGAGUUCCCCCAAGAAGACGGUGACGCAGGUGGAGACGGUGGAGCGGCACGUGGCCUUCGGCUUCAAGGCGGCGCUUGUGCGUACUCUCGCCAACCUCUGCUGGAAGAACCAGGAGAAUAAGAAACAGAUGCGAGAGUUAGAAGUGAUUCCAGUUCUGCUGGACUGCUGCAACAUUGACGCGCGAAAUCCACUAAUCAUGCAAUGGGUCAUAUUCGCUGUCCGGAACUUAUGCGAAAACUGUCCAGAAAAUCAGGAAGUCAUUUCUAAAAUGACGUUGCAAGGUCCAGUGGACAACGAAGUUCUGCAAGAGAUGGGCCUCACCCUUCACACCGAUUCCCAGGGCAAUUCAAUAAAGGUCGUCCCGCUGCCAAGGAGCUAAGUCAGUCAUAAAUAUUAUACCUACGUUGUUAAUAUUAUAUAAAUCUGCUUAUAGCAGGAAAUCAUGUAAUUUAUUAUUAGAAAAUGCCAAUACACAAAUAUCCAUAAAUUACACAA